AUGGCGACCGUCACGGAAGAAGUACGCGAGGUGCUGCUGGGCACCACCGACGAGCCCCAGCUGUCGCAGCUCACGCGCGCCGCCUUUAUGAAGCACGCCCGGAAGGACGAGUCAGGCGACUACUACCUCGACCAGGACCAGUUCAUCACAGCUGUCGCGCCCGAGGGCGAGGACUUCCACAAGAUCAAGCGGUUCCAGUAUGGCAUCCUCUUCCAGGUCGCCGAUCGCGACCAGAAGGGCAAGGUCAGCAUGCACGACUGGUCCGUCUUCCAGAACCUGCUCGCCAAACCCGACGCCGAGUACGAGGUCGUCUUCCGCUUCUUCGACAAGCAGCGCACCGGCUACAUCAACUUUGACGACUUCUACGAGACAUGGAAGGCGCACAAGACCGAGGACAGCCUGCCCUUCGACUGGGAGGGCGGCUGGGCCUCGCUGUACAUUGGUUCCAAGAAGCACAGGCACACGAUGACCUACCCCCAGUUCGCCCAGCUGCUGCGAGGGCUGCAGGGCGAGCGGGUACGUCAGGGCUUCACCUUCUUUGACAAGAACAAGGACGGCUUCAUCGAGCCAGAGCAUUUCCAGCGCAUAAUACGCGAGACUGCGAGCCACAAGCUUUCCGACUACCUCCUCGAGAACCUACCCACCCUGUGCAACAUCUCGGUUGGCAGCAAGAUCUCCUACGCCAACGUGCGCGCCUUCCAGAACGUCAUCCAGCAGAUGGACAUGAUAGAGCUUAUCAUCCGCAAUGCCACACAGAAGAGCUCCGACGGCAAGAUCACCCGCACAGAUUUCCUCAACGAGGCCGCCCGGAUAAGUCGCUUCAACCUCUACACACCCAUGGAGGCAGACAUCCUCUUCCACUUCGCCGGUCUCGACGAGGCGUCUGGGCGACUUGGUCUGCGAGACUUUGCCCGCGUGCUCGACCCGUCCUGGCACAGGGCAGGAUCGUUGGCCGCUCAGGGUAUCUCCGAGUCUGGGCAAAAGGUCUUUGCGACCACAAAAUCGAUAUGGCACGACAUCCUAGAGUCGGUCCACCACUUCGCCCUCGGUUCGUUGGCUGGUGCGUUCGGUGCCUUCAUGGUCUACCCCAUCGAUCUGGUCAAGACAAGAAUGCAGAACCAGAGGAGCUCAGGCGUCGGGCACGUCCUGUACAAAAACUCGCUCGACUGCGCAAAGAAGGUCAUCAAGAACGAGGGAUUCAAGGGUCUCUACUCUGGAGUCCUGCCCCAGCUUGUUGGUGUUGCGCCCGAGAAGGCUAUCAAGCUCACGGUCAACGAUCUUGUUCGUGGCAAGAUGACCGACAAGUCAACAGGCCAAAUCAAGUUCCCCCACGAGAUGUUGGCGGGUGGAACUGCGGGUGCUUGCCAAGUUGUUUUCACAAACCCUCUCGAGAUUGUCAAGAUUCGGUUACAAAUUCAGGGUGAACUGUCCAAGAACGUCGAGGGUGUUCCCAGGCGGUCUGCCAUGUGGAUCGUCCGCAACUUGGGUCUCGUCGGUCUCUACAAGGGAGCUAGCGCAUGUCUCCUGCGUGACGUCCCCUUUUCUGCCAUCUACUUCCCCACCUACAGCCAUCUGAAGAGAGACGUCUUCGGCGAGAGCCCGCAAAAGUCGCUCGGUGUCCUGCAAAUGCUGAGCGCUGGUGCCAUCGCGGGUAUGCCUGCAGCGUACCUGACCACACCGUGCGACGUGAUCAAGACUAGGUUACAAGUAGAGGCGCGCAAGGGCGAAGUUGCAUACACUGGCCUGCGCCACGCAGCGUCGACCAUCUGGAAGGAGGAAGGCUUCAAGGCCUUCUUCAAGGGUGGUCCCGCCCGUAUCAUGCGCUCGUCACCACAAUUCGGUUUCACACUGGCUGGCUAUGAGGUUCUACAGCGAGCUCUCCCGAUGCCGGGCUCUAGCCACGAUUCGGCAAGCUUGGAGCCAUCCGUCGGCCUUGAAGAGGCGACGGCACCGCUGCCGUACCUGCGCAGCCGCAACGCGCUCAAGGUGAUUCUCGAUCUCGACGAGAACUUUGGUCGACCCAAGCUCCCCGCUGGCACCAGGUUUAGUGGAAUCCCUGGAUUUGGCAAGAAGCCGGAAGCGUGA